AUGAUGGAAACAUUCGUGGAAGUUCAAGCGGAAGCAAUCGUGUCAACAUGUAUACAGAAGUCACAUCACUUCACUCGGGAUUUCGACAUCACUCAUGAGUAUUCUCAUCGAUGCGCGCUCGUCAACGAUGCUACUGGUAUCGUCAAGAGGAUAGUGAUGAACAAAGUGAAACGGCGUCCAAGUUGGAUUUACAUCAAGUAAGACAUAGGCUUCUGACUGCAUCAUCAAUCGUUCACAAACAUUUUCAGGCGGGACGGAAAUCUGUGA